GCGGUUUCAGUCGCACAGUCAUGUUCCCAACCCUUUGGCUGGCUCUCCAGUGUCUCUUUGGGUUGCUUGCAGUGCUGUUAUCGUCUUUCAUAUAUGCUCAAUACCAUGGCUAUAUCAUCCGUAUCAAAAAGAUACGGCCCUUUUUGAUAUCUGGACUCUUCUUUUCUUACAAAUCCCAAUAUUCUAUAUCAGCAUCCCAUCUUCGGCUCAGAUUCUAUUUUCCUCGCCCGACGAGUCCUCGCUGGGUCACUUUUGAAGUCUUCGACUACGAAUAUAAAGACUUGAAAUGCCAUGUCUCCAUAGCCCUACUUGAGGUUACAAUCUGGUUCAUGCCUGUAUAUUUCAGAUUCUCAGGUGGUGCUUGGCUACUGGCAGACUUGAAUGACUUCCGUCUUCGAGUCUUUUCUUCCUCCGAAACACCUUUUUGGAUACAGCGCAUGCGGAAGAACUUAGUGACUACAGUAUUGACGGGUGAAAUACUACGUGUCGACGAUUUCCAGACCAAACUCUCCCUCGGUACUCUCUCAGGCGCCCCAGAUGGCUACUCUGGGCCAAUUGAGCGCAAUAAGGGCACCUCCAAAAAUGAGGAGUAUGAUGAAAUCAGGUUAACAACAUUCGUCGAUAAUUAUCAUGUGAAGAACUUCCAGGAACGAUUGUAUACCUUCACAGGCAUACAGGCACAAUUUCGAAGAAGUUGGGUGGACGAUAGGGGCUCAUAUGUCCUGAUUGCAGAAGGGGCGAGAUGGACUAAGGUCCAGUCCUUGAAUGAACGCCGGCAAUCUACCAUUACUUCUGAUUGGGGACGCAUGUUUUCGUCCAUCACUUCGUUCCCAUCUGAUGUAUUGCGUAUUUUUAUGGACCCAAUGUCGUCCAUCGAUAUCUACUGUCCCCGAGCCGACAUCACCUUCGAUUACUUCAGGAUUCGAGAUGCAGAGUUGUUGCGGCAAGGGUUUGUUUUAUUCAACGAGAAGUUAGAGUAUAGUGGAGUCAACAUAACAAACGUACCCGGAAUGCUUGUCGACGCACUGACUGCACUAUGGUCGGUCAAGUGAGUAAUUUCCUCGUCAUUUUUUUCACUUAUUUUUGGUGUUCCGUACUAUGAUAGACAAUUUCUCCAUGUUUGGACAUCACCAGAUUAACGUAGACAUGCAUGUAUUCACGCGACCCGUCAGAGAAAUAUUCUCCUUGAAGCUAUCUGUAGCA